UUGGUGGUUAUCAAGGUGCCUUCGUUUAGGGUCACCCAGCCAAAGCAUAGUCUGCAAAAGCAGGUGCAUUGAAAAAGAAACAGAAAAGAAUGGAGAAAAAGAACAAGGGGAAGGGGGGGACACCCCCAAAGGAUCUCCUGCUAUAAAGUGGAGGCCUGGGCUUUACCAAAAGACUGCAGAGGCUGAAGACAUUGUUAGAAAAAGAGGGUGUUGGUAGGUACUGUGGAGAAAUGGCUGGAGGGGUCUGGUUUGUACUCUCAGCUCCUUUUUUGGUACUGGUUUUCAUCCUCAGUGCCACUCCUCUCUUCAGUAAAAAGCUGAGAAACACUCCCCUUGGAAGCAUGGGGUGGCCUUUUCUGGGUGAGACUCUCAGUUUCCUGAGGCCCCACAACUCCAUCACCAUUGGGAGUUUCCUGGAAGACCACUGCAGUAGGUACGGGAAAAUUUUCAAGUCCCAUCUGUUUGGCUGUCCCACCAUAGUUUCCUGCGACCAGGAGCUGAAUUCCUUCAUACUGCAAAACGAGGAGAGGCUGUUCCAGUGCAGCUACCCGAAGCCCAUUCAUGGCGUCCUUGGAAGGCUCUCCAUGCUUGUGGUUGUUGGGGACACUCACAAAAGAUUGAGAAGCUUAGCACUCAAUUUGGUUCACACUUGGAAGUCCAAGCCCGAUUACCUACAGGACAUAGAAGAGCAUGCAAUUUCUCUCAUGGAGACAUGGAGGGGAAGAGAUGAGAUUGUGUUCUGCCAUGAGGCCAGAAAGUUUACCUUCAAUGUUAUAGUGAAGCAAAUUCUUAGUUUGAAACCAGAUGAGCCGCAGACUGCAAUGAUCUUGGAAGACUUCCUCACCUUCAUGAGAGGGCUGGUGUCUUUCCCUCUCUACAUUCCAGGAACACCCUAUGCCAAAGCUGUAAAGGCCAGGUCUAGAAUUUCCUGCAACGUCAAACAAAUAGUGGAAGGAAGGAGAGAAGGGUCAAAGGGCAACAGUACUGGAGACUUUCUUGACAUACUUAUCUCGAACAGCAGCCUCUGUGAUGAAGAAAGAGUGAGCCUUGUCCUUGAUCUCUUGCUUGGUGGGUACGAGACGACCUCCAUGCUGAUGGCCAUGGCUGCCUACUUUCUUGGGCACUCACCAUCUGCUCUUGAGCAGCUGAAGGCAGAGCAUCUCGCUAUAAGAAGCAAAAAGCAAGAAGGGGAGAACCUCAAUUGGGAGGACUACAAGCAGAUGGAAUUCACCCAAAAUGUAAUUAACGAGUGUUUAAGAUGCGGAAACAUAGUGAAAUUUGUGCAUCGAAAGGCCCUAAAAGAUGUCAUGUUCAAAGAGUAUUUAAUUCCAUCCGGUUGGAAAGUGCUUCCAGUCUUCAGUGCUGUACACCUAGAUUCAUCUCUCCACCAGAGCCCACAAGAAUUUUGGCCAUGGAGAUGGGAGGGUCAUACCUCAAGUAAGAAGUUUGCCCCCUUUGGUGGGGCAAGACUAUGCCCAGGAGCGGAAUUAGCUAGAAUAGAAACUGCUUUUUUCCUUCACCACCUUGUUCUUAGGUUCCGGUGGAGAACAGAGAAGACAGACUGCCCAAUGGCAUAUCCUUACGUGGAGUUUCAAAGAGGUCUGCCCAUGAAGCUUCAACCUCUCUCGUGAUGGGUUUUGGGUUUUGGCCGGACUCAAGGCGGAAACACUCCGUCCAAAUUAUCCCACUGAUUCAGAGAAAUAUGACGGCGGUGGCUUUUUUUCUUUUCCUUGUUUUGUUUUGUUGGUUGGGGCAAUUUAUAUCUCUCUUAUAUGAGCUGUAACUACUGAAAUCAACCGUCCUAUUGUACAUGUAUGAAAAAUGUGAUAGAGUAUGCCUAUUGC